GCCAAUUUCGGUCUGUGCCCAGUGCCCCAGUCCUAGUGAUCAGUGGCAUAGAAUAAAGAUUAGUGGUCAGUGGUCACUGUUCAGUACAGAGUUCCAGUCUCCAGAGUUAAUCAGUGAAUUACGCAUUUACCUACGUUUGCGUUGACAGAUUAACGCAUCCCCUAUUUGAAUCGUAUUGUACUGUUUUUUUCUUUUGAAUUGUGUGAAUAUUUUCUAAAAUGAAUUUAUCUAACAAAGAAAUCAAUUCGUUAUUGUUGAACAAAUCGGCCAUAACGGAAAAUUAUAAUUCUGCGACACCUGUCGUUCAAAAUCUUGAUUUGAAAUCAUCCGUUAAAAAAAAAAAAGAACGAAUAAUCGAAAGUGGAGUUAAAAUUAUGAUUAUUAAUCUUUAUAAAUCUAAAAUCAUGGAAAUGCAAAACCAAUCUAAUAUUAACUAUGAUGAUUUAAUGGUAACUUUGUCAAAAUGCUCAGGAAUUAAACUUCGUUCAAUUAUAGAGGUUGUGAAUGAGUACAGAGUGUCUAAACAAUUAAAGCCUGUGAAACUACCUGAAAGAAAGUCGACCGCAACGGAAAAUUCUGCGACGCCUGUCGUACAAAAUCUUGAUUUGAAAUCAUCCAUUAAUAAAAGAAAAGAACGGAUAAUCGAAAGUGGAGAAAAAAUUAUGAUUAUUAAUCUUUAUAAAUCCAAAAUCAUGGAAAUGCAAAACCAAUCUAAUAUUAACUAUGAUGAUUUAAUGGUAACUUUGUCAAAAGAAACAGAAAUUAGUCUUCGUUCAAUUACAGAGAUCGUGAACGAGUACAGAGAGUCCAAAAAAAUUGGUCAUGUAAAGUCACCGGACAGAAAAAGAAAUCGUCCGAUAAUCGACGAUAAAAUUGAUGAAUUCAAUAAAAUUGCAAUUAGAAAAAAAAUCCAUGCAUUUUGGUUAAAACGUGAAAUACCGACAUUGCCGAAAAUUCUACAGGUCAUUAAGAAUGAUCCGGACCUUCCGAAUAUAUCUCAAUCACAUUUUUAUCGGGUAUUAAAGGAGUUGAAUUUUAAAUUCACUAAAAGAAAACAGGACAGAGCAUUAACUGAAACAGAAGAUCUCGUAGUAUGGCGACAGAAUUACAUUAAAGACAUACGACGUUAUCGGAGCGAAGGUCGAAUAAUAUACUAUUUAGAUGAAAUGUCGAUAAAUGUCGAUGACUGUAUUGGAGAUACAUUAAUAAAUAGAUUAUCUACAGGACCGAAAAAUCCAACAGCCGAAGGGGAAUGUUUGUUAGCCUUCCAUAUAGGUUCAAUUGAAGGCUUCGUCGAUGGUUGUUUGAUGUGUUAUAAUUAUAAACAAAAAAAAAACGCGACCAACUACUGCGACGAAUUUAUUAGCAACAUUUUUUAUGAUUGGUUUUGUGGAGUUUUGCCUAGGUUAAAGGAUAAUUGUAUUAUAGUAAUGGACAAUAUUUCGUAUCACUCGCUCAAAAAAGAACCUAUUCCCACAAUGGAUUGGAAAAAGGAAAACAUAAUAAAAUGGCUGGUGUCUAAAAAUUGCGUCGUCGAUAAGUCAAUAAUCAAACAUCUAUUAAUGGAAAAGGUAAAUGAAAUCAAACCUUUCCAUGACAAAUAUUUAAUAGAUGAAGAAGCGUUAAAAGUUAAUAAAGUGGUCUUGCGUUUACCUCCUCACCACGAUGAACUAAAUCCUAUUGAGCUAGCGUGGUCGAUGGUAAAAAGUCAUGUAAAACAACACAAUACUACGUGCAAGUUGAGUGAUGUAAAGAAGCUACUCAGCGAUGGAAUUCAACGCAUAACACCCGAAAUGUGGGCUAAUUUUGUUAGCCACACAUUCACAGAGGAAGAUAAAUUGUACAAAAUCGACUUCAUUGUUGACGAAAUAUUAGAUUCAGUAUCGGAUCAGAUACAAACAAGAGACACUUCCUCAGACUUUUCUGAUUGAUAUUAUGUAUGUAUAUCUAAUUAUUUUAUUUUAAAAUUGGUAAUUGUAUGUAUUUUUUUUUCAUAUUAUAAUAAACAUUUUUAAGCGUUUUGGACAUUUA